AUGGUGUUUACUGAUAAUACAAUCACUGUGUUUACAGAUUUUCUUUCAAUUAUUUCAACAACAUCACCUGAUGAUGGAUUAGCACUUGUACUAGCAAUGUAUGUCGUUUUCGAACUAAAUUUUCUUAAAAAUGGUCGAGCAAUACUAUUUUUAUAUGCAAUCAUGUUUGGUGAUACAAGAUAUUUAUCAAAUAAAAUGCGUAGUCUAAUUAAGGAAAAGAAUAUUGAAAUUUAUACUGAACAAAAUCGAAAAAUCUGUGAAAGUACAAAUUUGAUUUCAAACAGUCACUCAGCUGUUACUAAUGAUACACAUCCUUCAUCACAAGCUAGUUCUAAUUUAUUAUCUGCUCCACUUGAAGAUGUUUAUUCAUUACAUAAUAAUAAUUUAAAAAUCAAUACAACUAUUACAUCUACAGAGUCCGAUGAUACAAUUAAAAAAUCUUCAUCAAAUAAAAAAGCAUUAACAUUUGAUAGUGAUGAUGAUUCACAAAAUGAUAUUAAUUCUUUAGUUGAUACAAAUUUACAUGUUGGUACUCGUCACAAGAUUAAACGAAAACGUCGUUACUAA